UCGGGCCGCAAGGCGCUGGUGGUGGGGAAGCCGAACACCUACAUGUUUGAUUGCAUCGUGGAGCGUUUCGGCGUUGACCCGUCCCGCACCCUCAUGGUGGGAGACCGUCUGGAGACAGAUAUCCUCUUCGGCAAGAACUGCGGCCUCUCUACCAUCCUCACCCUGACGGGUGUCUCCCGCCUGGAAGAGGCGCAGGCCUACAUGGCCAGCGACAGUGCCGCUGCCAAGGAUCUGGUGCCCAAUUACUAUGUGGACAGCAUUGCAGACUUGAUACCGGGCCUGGAUGAGUAGCAGUCUGCACAUGUGAGGGCAGAGGGGUCGGGUUCCCCAUCCCAGAUCUCCAUCUGUUCCCAUUUUUCUCUCACUGCCCUAUUCCCUCAAUUCCCGGUUUCUUCACAUUCCAACGCCCUUCUUUGGGGGUAAAGUGGGGGUUGGCAGGAGGGGGCAGGGUUCAAGUUGUCUCCUGCUGAGAGCUAUCCAUGAUGGACAGAGUCCUUCUCUCCCUCAUAUGCCAGCUGCCAGCAUCUCUGGGAGAAAGCUGGAGGCCUUGAGGCUGACGGGGAGGUCAAAUCAGUGUGUACGUGUGGCCUUUCCUCCUGCAGGAAUUGGGGACAGGCUGUCUUACUAUUAUAACCAUUACUAUAGAUAACCAGUGGCGGCCUUUUACUGCUGUCCCUUCACUCGUAACUCUCGACUUCUGAGCUGCAUCUCUGCAGUCCGUGUGGUAAUCCCCUCCUUGCCAGGGGACUGGCUGGCAUUGUCACCCACCCGGUCUCCAUUGGUGCCAGGGCAUGUGGAAGGAGCGUUCUGGAGCGAUGAAUGAGAGCAUGGCUGCCUCCCACGAGUGAAAGGGAGCAUUGCCUCAUCUCGUCUCUCCCCCAUUCCUUGGAGAUGUUUCCCCCACCACCCCCUGCCCUGACUCAGUUAAUAACUGUGCCAGUGUCCAUCUGAAGGACCAUAGAAAGGGAAGAGACUGGUUUGAGGGGUUUUUUUGUGCCAAACAGACAAGCUGUGACUGUGCACGGCGGGUCUGCGGUUCUACCUUGUUUUCAAGCACCCUUUCCAAAGGGACUUGUGAAGAAGAGAGGGCUCCUAGGCCACAACAGCACAGCAGUAGUGAACUAUACGACUCUCCCCGGUUCCCCCUCGGUGGAUUUUGCCAUAGUACGGUGAGAGAAAAGGGCUGAUGGGGGUCUGUUCUCCAGCUGCUGGUGUGCAGGUGAGGUGUUGGUGGUAUUGUCACUGCUGUGAAUGUGUCACAGCCCUCAAUCAUUCCUUGCUGCUUUGUCUUUCUACGUUUUUUUAAUUUCUUGAUCUUAUUUAUCAAACUUAUUUAUUGUUCAAAUACUGUAUUAUUUGUAUAAACUAUGCUGACUGGUUGCACCAAGGGGACAGGGGGCAGUGCCUUUGGGCCUCCCUCACUGUCCAUGUCCCAUGUUGAUGUUCUUACACUCACCGUGUCUCUGUAUAUAAUAAAGUGUGAGCGUAGGCUGGAAAU